UAAAAAAUAAAACUUUUAUAAAUCAUUAAAAUAAAAUAUUGAAAUUUUGUAUCUCUAUUUUGUAUGAUGCACCAGAAUUGAGGUUUUGUUUAAAAAUUAGAUUCCAAAAGUCAAUCAUUCCCGGGCAGCCCAACGAUUGGUUGAUUCUUUAGCAACGGGCAACGCUCAGUUUCAUUUCCUUUAAAACCCAAAAAAUUUCAGUUUCUUUAAACAAAAUUUGUUUUUUCUCUCUUGCAAAAUCUGCCGGCUUUGAUUCCCUUUUAAGAACAACAAAAGUUGAACCAAAUUAUAUUGAAAGGGUUUAGGGGGCAGAUUUUAAUGUUAAUAAGGUUUUAUUUUUUUAGUUUACUGUACGUAAAUUUUUAGCAUUUCUUUUAUUUUUUUUUUGUCAAAAGCUAAGUUUGUAAAUUACUAUUAAUUCUAUAAUUUUGUAGUUAGUUAUUUGGAGAAAGUUGAUAAAGUUGGGUGAAAUUCUCGAUGAGGUUUUUGGUUAAUUGCCAAAAAGGAGGUUCGGGUGCUUCAUGGGGUGGUUUAACGAGUUUGGUAAGAAGAAAACAGGUAGAUUCUGCUCAUUCCAAGCGUUUGGGUCAUCAUCAGUUGGCUAAAGAGUUGACUGUUCCUCAUCUCAUAGCAAUUGGUGUUGGAUCAACAAUUGGAGCUGGAGUCUAUAUUCUUGUUGGAACAGUUGCUAGAGAGCAUUCUGGUCCAGCUCUCACCAUUUCAUUUCUAAUUGCUGGCAUUGCUGCUGCUCUCUCUGCGUUUUGCUAUGCGGAGCUUGCAAGUCGUUGCCCAUCUGCUGGCAGUGCCUAUCAUUAUUCAUACAUUUGUGUUGGUGAAGGCAUUGCCUGGUUAAUUGGUUGGGCUCUGAUACUUGAGUAUACAAUUGGUGGUGCAACAGUUGCUCGAGGCAUUUCACCUAAUCUGGCUUUGCUUUUUGGAGGUGAAAAUAGUCUACCAAAUUUUCUAGCUCGCCAACAUAUUCCCGGGCUUGAUAUUGUGGUGGACCCAUGUGCUUCAAUUCUAGUUUUCAUUGUGACUGGGCUCUUGUGCGUGGGAAUCAAGGAGAGUACAUUUGCACAAGCCAUUGUCACCACCGCAAAUGUAUGUGCCAUGAUUUUCGUGAUAGUAGCUGGUGGUUAUCUGGGUUUCAAGACUGGGUGGACUGGAUAUGAACUUCCUACUGGGUAUUUUCCCUUUGGGGUCGAUGGAAUGCUUGCUGGGUCUGCAACAGUCUUCUUUGCUUAUAUUGGUUUUGAUUCAGUUGCCAGCACUGCUGAGGAGGUGAAGAAUCCCCAACGAGAUUUGCCGCUGGGUAUUGCAACAGCCCUCUCCAUUUGUUGUGGGUUAUACAUGCUGGUUUCUGUCGUGAUUGUCGGUUUGGUCCCCUAUUAUGCAAUGGAUCCCGACACCCCCAUCUCUUCUGCAUUUGCUAGCCAUGGGAUGCAAUGGGCAGCUUAUGUAAUAACCAUUGGAGCUGUUACUGCUCUUUGCUCAACAUUGAUGGGAUCAAUCCUCCCUCAGCCUCGAAUUCUUAUGGCAAUGGCCAGAGAUGGAUUGUUGCCUUCUCUUUUUUCAGAUGUUAAUAAACGCACCCAAGUUCCUGUCAAGAGCACAUUAGCAACUGGUAUAGUUGCUGCUACCUUGUCGUUCUUCAUGGAUGUUUCACAAUUGGCAGGGAUGGUCAGCGUGGGGACACUUCUUGCGUUUACUAUGGUAGCAAUUUCUGUGCUGAUACUUAGAUAUGUCCCUCCAGAUGAGGUGCCACUUCCUUCAUCACUUCAGGAGUCAAUUGAUUCUGUCACACUAAGAUAUGGUAGGGAUACUCAGGUGAUUAGUGGGGAAAACCCUGCAAUGAGUACUUCUGGAGAUAGUUCUCGACCUUUGCUUGGCAACAAGAAUGUAGCAGUUAAUCGUCCAGUUGUUGAAAAACAAGAAGCUCAAGCCACCUGUACUCUCAAUGAAGAGAACAGGCGAAAAAUUGCUCGUUGGACCAUAAUGUUAACAUGUGUUGGUGCAUUUGGCCUUACAUUUGCAGCUUCAAAUUUGUGGCUUCCGAGCCUUCUUCGGUACGCGUUAUGUGGAGCUGGUGGUCUGCUUCUUCUGUCUGGUUUGAUUGUGCUCACCAUUAUAGAUCAAGAUGAUGCAAGGCAUAACUUUGGACAUACAGGAGGUUUCAUAUGCCCUUUUGUUCCACUCCUACCAAUUGCCUGCAUUCUCAUCAACAUCUACCUGCUUAUUAAUUUAGGGGCUGACACCUGGGCUCGGGUUUCAAUAUGGCUUGCUAUAGGGGUCCUUGUUUACGCAUUCUAUGGUCGUACGCACAGCUCACUGCUGGAUGCAGUCUAUGUGAGGGCAGUUCACGCGGGUGAAAUUUAUCGCUCCUCUGGAGACUCUUUGGCUUAAUUUCAAAAUGAAAGAAAAUGUUCUCUUGAAAGAAAAAGAAACAAAUACAGGUAAAAAUGUGGACUAUCUAAGCACCGAUGCUAGUUGGUCGUAGUUUUGGAGAAGAAUCUCAAUGUUAUAUGCUUGUAAUUUUUGUUUUCUAUCCCUAAUUACUGUAUUUGUAACAUGUUGUGGCAGGACUGGUUGAUCUUAAGUCAGUCGUUUGUAUAGCACAUAUUUCAACUGGCUUGCAAAACUCAUGUAUAAAAAUGUAAAUGUAAAUGGUAGGAAUUAGCUUCUUAGGCCCUCUAGUGCUCUUUAGUUUAGAAAGAGUUUAAAGAUGCAAACAUCAAAUAGGUCAAAUUAUGAUAUCAGUCCAUAUAUUACCCAAAUUAAUUUCAAUAAUUAAGAUUUAAA